AUGCGAGCACUAGGCACAUCCCAAGUGGAUGUUUUUGCAUACGAGAUGACGCCCGACCGUACUGUAUUUCUCAUCGAUACUCCAGGCUUUGAUGACACCAACAGAAGCGACACACAGGUCCUCACCGAGAUCGCUAGAUGGCUCGGAGAUUCGUAUCGAAACAAGAUUCUGCUGCACGGCAUUAUAUAUCUUCACCGCAUCACUGAUGUUCGCAUGUCUGGUGCGGCAAAGGGGAAUCUUCUUAUGUUCAGGCGGCUGUGCGGCGACGACUAUUUAAAGAAAGUGACGCUCGUUACGACCAUGUGGGACAAGGUUUCGGAUUCCGUCGGUGCUGGUAGGGAGCGUGAGCUGAAGGAAACACCCGAAUUUUUGGGCAAGAUGAUAAGUAGGGGUAGCAUUUGCUGUCGCUACUAUAACAACGCAGAGUCGGGCAGGGACAUAAUCCACAAGCUCGUCAAUCACGGUCGCCCAAUAGCGACAGGAAUCCAGAGGGAGCUCGUCGACGAGAGCCGAGAACUUGGGCAGACGGCUGCCGGGCAAGAGGUUGAGGGUGAGCUGGGCAAAGCGCGGCAGAAGUGGACGGCGGAGAAGCGGAGAAUUGAAAAGGAUAUGAAGGAAUCAAAGCGCCAGCACGACCGCGAGGCCGAGAAGAUGCUGCGUGAGGAGCGUGACAGAUACGCGGAUGUAAUGAAGAAGAUUGAGGAGGAUAGCGAAGCGCUACGAGCAACGAUGGAGAAUCUGCUCGCGCAGCGCAAUGAGCGUGAGGUCAAAAUGAAGGAUGAGAUGAAACAGCAGCGAGAAGCUCACAAAGAUGAGUUGAAGCGACUGAAGAAGAAGCAGCGGGAGCUGGAGCGGCAGACUGCCGAGCUGAAGAGCCAGCAAGUACGCAACGAAGAGGCACGACAGAAUGAAAUUCCCAAACAGCAAAGAGCCGAGCAAACGCAGACAGUACAGGCAGCGCAGUCUACCUCAAGACCAACUGGAAUAUAUUCAAAAUACUGCCUUGCAAUUGUCGGGACAGUCUAUGCUUUUACCGGACAAUCUAGAAACAAGCGGUAA